AUGCCAACCAAGAAGGACGCCGAGCCGACCAAGUUCAGAGACUCGUGCAACGCCUGCGCCGUGUCCAAGAUCAAGUGCACCCGGACAAAACCCGUGUGCGGCCGUUGCACAAAACGUGGCUACCACUGCGAGUAUGUGCCCACCAGACGCGCAGGUCGCAAACACCACCCUCGACCGCCACGGCAGCCGUCCGUGGUGGAUGCCAAUGGCGACAAUGGGGACAACUCCAACAGCGAGGGUUGCAACAACAACAACAACAGCAACAGAAACAGCAGCAGCAGCAGCGUCCAAAGCAGCAUUCAGGUCUUGAUACCCACACCAACAACAUCAUCAGAUCCAACAACGAUCACGGCAGCCUCCACAGCGGCCACCACUGCGAGCAGCCAACAGUUUUCACUCUCUCUGGAUCUGCCCAUGACUGACCCCGACGGCACCAUCGCCUACCCGUCGCCCUCGAAUGCCUUCUCCGACGGCACGUCCAGCUCCACACCCACCGUACUUUUCCCAGCAAGCUUGGGAAAUGACGACGACGACUUGCUGGUGUCCCAAAUGUCCUUUUCCAUGCCUGAGACACCCAAAUUUUCACCAGGCCAAUUAAGUUACGGGCACGCGCGCGACGGCGCAAACUCCGCAAAGGCAAACCCGGCCAGUCUCGAUGAAAAUAACAUGGUCGACCCGAGCCUCAGAGACUACCCCGUAUUGCCGCUGCCCGAUCUAGCUUUGUCAACGGUCCUCCGGAAUAACACGGAACUCGAGGAUCCGGACGGACAAAAGCUGCCCGAGGACCCAAGGACAGAGACAGACACACUUCCAACCAUCCAGCGCGUCAUCGCCGAGAACAAGCACACCCUCGAGGCCGUCCAAGACAUGCUCCAGUGCGCGUGCCUCGACGACAACAACGACGGCAGCAGUAACUAUCUCCUGGCUGUCAUCUCCCUGGUCGUCUUCAAAGUCCUCGCUUGGUACAGGGCCGCAGCCGUAGAUGGGCAGGCCCCUGAUGACCCCGCUGACGGUUCGCUUCUGGGCAAUAAUAACGCGCCGCCGAAUGGGCAUGUCGGUUCCGGGGUUAAAAAAGGGGCAACCACGAGCCGCCGGCGCUCUUCAUGCUACACCGAGCGCGUCCUACAUUCCCCAGCCGUCAUCAACAUCGACGGGUAUCGGCUAGACGCAAGCGACGACGUCGACGGCACCAGCAGCCGGCCACGCAUGGCUGCGCAGCUUGUUUUUAGUGAGUUGCAUCGGGUGCAGCGGCUUGUUAAUGUCCUGGCUGGAAGGCUUGGGAGUCUCAGUCGAGACAGCCGGGAUAGGAACCGAAACAGUUUUUGUACCUCUGGGGGGGGCAUCUCGGAUAUGCCGUCGACGUUUGCCUCGGCCUCGCCGGCGUGGUUCGGGAACUUGGAGCAGGAUGUGAGAGAGCGUUUGAGGGCACUAUCGUUGGAGAUUGUCGAGAUGCUGAGGAGGUAA